UCGAAGUAUGGCUUGGUUUGGUUAUUAAGUUCACGAAUCUUCCAGUCACGACUGAGUUCCUCCCGGAGUUGUUUGUUUUUUUUUAUGUCGAACUGACCUUUGCUCAAACUCUUUCUCCAAAACCUCCCAACGAUGGCCCAUCAUCAUCAACUGAUCACGAAGUAACCGCGUGCACAACAAAGUAAAAGCAUCAAAUCAAAACAAGUUGGUCCGAAGUUCAACAGCGAAACGAAAUCUCCAACAAAGAAGAGUUCAAAAUGUGAUGCGAAGCAGAGAAGACGCCAAAAUGAAGCAAACCGUUUAAUAACAAUAACAAAAAAUACAUUUCCUCGAGCGUCGAGACGAACGAACAAAUAGAUAAACAUGGAAACACAGAAAAACUGUUCAUACAAAACACAGAGAAAUGGGAGUAUUAGGGAGAAAGAAGUCACCGCAACGAGCAGAGAGUGUCCGGAGGCAGGAAAAUCGAAAUCAGUUGCGUGAGUGCAGGCCGCAGCACGUGCACAGUUCUCUCUAUUCUAUUCUCUCCCUUCGGAACCGAGAGAAUGUUAUCCUCCGCCCAGCAAAUAGUAAAGAGAGAGAGACAAGCGGGCAAUUGUAAUUGAUGCAACCUCGUUUAUGCUACACUUUGCUGCUGUUGAUUCUUUUGUUGCUGAGCAUAUCCAAACUUCGGAUUGUGGCUUCGAAGAGCUCAGUGUUUGACUUUCGUUUGGAGGAGUCAUACGCAAAAGUGAUUGUUAACAAAAAAAAAGAAACGUUUUGCGGGAAGUAGUGUUAGUGAAGAGUGUGGUUUUUAGUGGAAAUUUUCUGUGCCUUCCGCUUGCCGGUGUGUACAUUGGCCAUUAAUCACAUCGGUGUAAUGACCUAACCUAAGGAGUGUCAGUGUUCAAAGUGCAUAUCUUUCAGACGAAGGAUUCAUUCGUCAUCGGAACGCGAUCGUUGCUGGGAAGGCUCUAUUUUUAAUAAUGGAGCAACAUUAAUAUUCGAACAACCGUUCAAUCAUCUGUUCGUGUUUUGGUUCGUUUGUGUUGGCGCAAGAAGGUGGGAGUGUGCAAUUCUAUACCAUUCAAGGGGACACUAGUAGUGACAACGUUCGUUUGAGGACCGGUCUCUCUCCAAGCCGUUCACCAUUUCCCACUUCAGCUAGCGAUGGAGAAGCUGAGGGCGGCAAAAAAAGUCGCCCCGGAUGGUGGCUGGGGAUGGGUGGCCACCUUCGGAGUCAGCGUGGUGAACUUGGCCACGCGUUCUAUUGAGCCUUCGUUUGGGUUGCUGUUCGGUGAUCUGCUGAGCGAUUUGCAAGUGGGAACUACGGGGGCCGCCAUCAUCAUCAGCGCGCUGGAUGUGAUGAUGAACUUCUCCGGGCUGUUCGUUGGACCGCUGCUGAAGGAGUUCUCCUACCGGAAGGUGGCUAUCGCUGGCGCACUGCUUUGCUGGAUAGGGCUCGCGCUUACCUCACCCGCCACCAGCAUGACCCACAUCCUGGUUACUUACAGCGUGAUCAACGGCAUCGGUGUCGGCUUGGCGACGUCAGCCGCCUUCGUAGCACUCAAUCACUACUUUUCGCGAAAGCGCGGCCAAGCGGUUGGCCUCUCGAUGGCCGGAACGGCUCUCGGGAUGCUCAUAAUGCCCCAGUUGGUGCGUUUUCUGUUGGAAACGUACGACUUCCGGGGAGCUGUCCUCUUACUCAGUGGACUGGCGUUGCACGCAGCCGUUGGUGCGACCCUCCUGCAACCCAUCAAGUGGCACCUGAAGGAGGAAGAGGUGGACAUCGAAAUGGUGGAGGUUGGUGGACCCCAGAUGGGAAUCAUACUGGAGCAGGAGGAUGAUGGGGACAACGAUAGCCUGCCGGAGAUUAAAACACUGCUGUUUCCUCGAAGGGAUCGUAAACUGUCCGAAAAUGCUCCCUCACCACAACCGAACGGAUUGCCCACCGGGCGGCCAGUUUUUCCGCGGAUUACCUCCAGCGCGAGUAUACAGUACGGGCCAGGAGGAAUGGGGAUGAGAACGAGGCCAUCCUUUCCCAGAAUCACAUCCACCGCCAGUAUGGGACUGGCGCUGAGGAAGAGACGCGAGUCGGUGGUUUCACAGUUGUCGACCAUGGAUUUCACCGGCAGUGGGAGUUGUAUGCAUAUUCACGUCGAUACGGGUGAUGCCGACGCAGAGGAAGUCGAUUAUCAGAUUAUACGACGAGUGAACACUCACGUGGGUGUUUCAACGAUGAAUUCAUUUGCACGCGUGCCGCGUGUACCAAAACGAAUCGAAACGGUGAAAUCGGAGCUCGGUUUGGAGAUGAUUAAACCGAAGGUUAGCUUCCUGCAUCGGUUUACCGCUCUGAUGGACGUUGGACUGUUGAAGGAUAUGAUAUAUCUGAAUAUCCUAUUCGGGCUGUCCAUCUUCUAUGUGGCCGAAAUGAACUUUAAAAUGGUUACUCCAUUUUUUCUGUCAAGUUUGGGAUUCAACAAACGUGAGGUUGCGUUUUUCCUGUCCGUUUCGGCGCUGACCGAUAUUGCGGCUCGUAUUAUUAUACCACCGAUAGGAGAUAAACUAAAAAUCAGGAAGCGGUUCAUCUUUAUGACAUCGCUGGUGUUCGUGGCGAUUACAAGAUCAAUUGUCGCCGAGCAAACAGGUUACACGGAACUGAUGGUGUGGCUGUCCAUCACGGGCUUCUUCCGUGGGGUCGCACUGGCCAACUUCACGUUGUGCGUCUCGGAGUACUCAUCGCUGGAGAAACUGCCGGCCGCUUUCGGGUGGCACAUGGUGGGGAAGGGUGUGUUCGUGAUCGCGUUUGGACCACUAAUUGGGGCGAUCCGGGACUGGACCGACAGUUUCCCGAUAUGUAUCCACACGCAGUCGGUUUGUAUUUUUCUGUGUGUCUUCGCCUGGUUGAUUGAGUUCCUUGUGAAACGUCUGCAGACUAAGAAAGUGGUCGAAGCGAAUCCGAGCGUUGCGGCGUAGAGACUUGUUCGGGUUGAACGACCAAAAGUAGGGUCAUUUUUUAGAAGUAUUUUCACAGUAUGUGACAAGGAGUCGAUCGUUUUAGCGAUUCUUGCUAACUUGUGUAAGGUGACGAAAAGAGUGGAUAAGUAGUAACAAAUUCUUGUAGGUAGUAAAUCUGGUCGUGUAAGCAUGAGACUGCGAUAUCUAUAUUUUAAACGAAUGAAUCGACAAUAAGUAUUGACGCAUGAGUGUGAGUUCAUCUGAAGUACUUAUACUCUAAGAUUUUAGACGAUUACGCGAGUAUUUACAGUAUUAGUGAAGCUAGAGUCCAACGCAACGCGAUUUCAACCGGGUAGUGAACAGUUAGAUGCCACGAACAUGUCAUUUGUUUGUAAGCAUCCAUUAAAUGUGAGAGUGAUUAUCUUUAAUGGCAUAACGUAGCAAUGCUGACACUAACGACUCGUAACGAAGUUCAAUUCAAGAGAUUCAUUCGUAAUCUCGAAAGUUCUUGUACGAAAACAGUUCGUACCAUUAUAAGACAAUACUUGAUAGGUGAAUAAACUUGCCGUGAUCUAGA